UAAUCUCUGGAUUAAAAAAAAACUAAUAGCUCUAUUGUUCUAUCCAAUACAAUAGUUCGUGGAAUAAAAAUAUAAAUAUCUGACGUUUAUUCUAAAUACGUACGACCUAUUUUUAUGCGUAAUUUAUUGCAAAAAAAACACCCCAAAUUAAAAGUCGUCCUAGUUAUUUUUUAUCGUAAAAUUAGAAUUUCAAUUGUUCAUUUUUCUAUUGCAGCUAUAAAACAAAAGAGGGAACAACAAAUGACAAACAGAUUGAAUUUUAUAGAAGGUCACGAGUUAAAAAUAUUACGAUUAAAAAAUGAGAAGAAUCGAGAAAGGGAGAUUGACUUAAAUCAUAUAAGAAUAGCAGAAGAAGAGUUAAGAAAAGAGAAGGAAGAUAAAAUGAGAAAGAUGAGAAAUUUACAAAAACAAAGUACAAUAUUCGUCGACUAUCAUUAUCAAGAAAGAAAUAUGGCAGCGGAAUUAGAACAACAAAGUGAAAAAAUUCUACAUGAAAUUAAAACAAAUGAAGAUAAAAGAAAUGAAGAACAUAAGAAACAGAAAGACGAAGCAAGGAAACAUAAAAAAGAAAUAGCUCUUCAGGAAUAUAGACAACAUUUGGAAAACGUGAAUAAACAAAAUAUCGAAGCGAAACUAGAAAGGAAAGAACAAAUGAAAAAUGUUAAGAAAACAGCGUAUUGUGAAUUACAAAAGAAAUUAAAUAGUGCGAAUGAAGAGUUACAAAAACAAUUAGAUUAUAGACAUGACUUAACUGAACAAAUAAAAAAUAAUCAUCUUGUUUUGGAAACUGAAUUAAAAGAUAUAGAACAAAAACAGAAUCCGUUUACAAAGAAAGCCAUCACGUUUAAAGAUGCCAUGAGGAACAGAGUAAAUAUUUCGAAGGAGGAAAGCACCACUAACCCGGUUCAUCCAUUUAGAAAAGUAAUACAAAAACAUCAAAAAUACAGUCAGCCACUCCCGCAAAUAAUUAAUUAA